UUUCACCCCUAAAAGAUUACACGAUCGCCCUCUCCUUCACAAGUUCAAAUUUUUUACUUUUUCCCUCAGUUGCUGGAAACCUGGAACCGAAUUUUCGAACCCACAAACCCUAACAUACAUCUCGAAAGCAUUCUGCGUGAAGAGAUCGACAGAGAGAUGGAUGCGCUUCGAAAGCAACUAGAUGUGUUAAUGGGAGCUAAUCGUAAUGGAGAUGUCCGAGAAGUCAAUCAGAUGCAGAAGAAAGGGGUUGAAGCAAUGAAGAAGAAAGGUGUUGAAGCAUGUCAAAAGUUGAAGCUUGAAUACUUUUGUAGAAAGAAACAGAAGAUGAAAGGAAGAAAAAUUGAUUUUUGAUAAGGAUGGAAGGGAAGAAGAAUAAGAUAAAAUGGAUAUGGGGCCUUGUCCGAAGGUGCACUCAAUGCAGCUGCGGAAAGAAUAUGAAGAAGCGAAGGCCAAGGGUGUUGAUAACUAUGAUAGGGAUUUGGAGGAUGUUAUAGAUAGGCUUAUCGUGGAAUGUGACAGAAAAAUUAGUAGAGCUCUCAAGCGCCUUGCUGAUGAGGACGCCAAAGCUGCAAUUGCAAUUUCUGUGUCUGAGGUUACACAGACUGAAGAGGUAAUGGAGCUGUCUAAACAGAUUAAGGAGAAAUUGAAAGAAGCUGACCAGUUUGAUCUUGAAGGCAAAACUGAUUUUAAAAUUCGAACUAUGGAAGAAGUUGAAGAAAUGAGGACAAAAAGAGCUGAUAAACAGUCUAUGCUUCUUUUGGAGGCCUUCAACAAAGAUAGAGCCUCUCUACCACAGCCACUUCCCAAUCCUCCCCUAUUGGCUCCCAUACCCGUGCUUCCACCUGAUGCUCGUACUCAAGAAUUGAUUAAUGAGAAAUUGAAGAAAGCAGAAGAUCUUGGCGAGCAAGGAAUGGUUGACGAAGCGCAGAAAGCAUUGGAGGAAGCGGAAGCACUGAAGAGGCUUGCGCCGAGGCAGGAGCCUGCUGCAGGGGAUUCAGGGAAGUAUACCGCUGCUGAUGUUCGCAUUACUGAUCAGAAGCUGCGCGUCUGUGACAUUUGUGGAGCAUUCUUGAGUGUUUAUGACAGUGAUCGUCGUUUAGCAGAUCAUUUUGGAGGAAAGCUUCAUUUGGGAUACAUGCAAAUUCGGGAGAAGUUAGCUGACCUUCAGGAAGAAAGAAACAAGAAGCGCAGGGUAAAUGAAGAUGAUAGAAGAUCCAGAGAGCGUAGUCGUGAUAAUGACCACGCAUCCAAUAAGGGCCGGGACAGAGGUGAAAGUCGCGAACGAAGGGAUUAUGAUCGAAGAAGCAGAGAUCGUGAUAGGAAUGAUAGAGAUCGUGGUCAUGACCGUGACUAUGAAAGAGAUAGGGAGCGUUCCCACAGUCAUGAUUCAAGAAGUCGUCGUAGAUCUCGUUCACGGUCUAGAGAACGCUCUAGGGACUAUGGACGUGAUUAUGAUCGUGACAGGCGUUACAGCCGAGAUCGAUACUAGAUGUUCUUGUUUGAGCUCGGUAUUAUCAUCUUCUGCAGAAAAUGUGAAGUAUAUUUUAGUUGUAAGACUUUACGUGUCUUUUGCAGUUGGGUUGGUUUGAUGAAAGAACAAGUAAGAUGCUUCUUUUGCUAGUUGGAGAAAGAAUUUUCUAUUAACUUUUUAGGAUCGGUAUGAAUAGAAAGACGUUAUAGUUAAUGUACUCAGCUUAACCAGGCUUACAGCUCUGUGUACCUUCUUUUGACUAUUCUUGAUUUGCAUAUAACGAAUAGUAUUACUGCUCUUUCUCAGUAACGGAAAUUAGUCCUGAA